AUGAACGUGAGCCGACCGGCGGUUCACCCGGUGGAUACGGUUCCGGUAGCUCCGCCCGGUAACGAAAGACCUCCACCGAGGAUGAAGGAUAUUCAAGGCAUGCCCGGAACCACCGGCGGUCUCAUCCUCCGCCUAUCUCAAUUCGUUCCUGCUCUCAUCUCCGUCUCCGUCAUGAUCACCAACUCCGACUACCGCUUCGCCACGGCUUUUUGUUGCUUGGUUCUUGCGGCUAGCUUGCAAAGCCUGUGGAGCUUGUCUCUUUUUAUCAUCGAUGCUUAUGCGCUUCUCGUCAAAAGAAGCCUUCGAAAUCUCUUGAUUGUUCAGUGUUUCACAGUUGGAGAUGGAAUCACAUCCACACUUACUUUUGCAGCUGCAUCUGCGUCAGCUGGCAUAACCGUACUCAUCAACGAUCUUGAGAGAUGUGACGUUAACCAGUGCACAAGGUUUGAGACUGCCGUAGCAAUGGCCUUCAUCAGCUGGUUCGCAGUGUCUCCUUCCUUUAUUCUCAACUUCUGGUCAUUAGCAAGCUUCUAAUUAGCAUACAAAGAUAAUGUUCAGAGGAAUCUUAUUUAAUCUAUUUUUCCUAGUAUAUAAUGUAAAUAAAGGGUGGAGUAUAAUUAUCCUUCGAAUUAGCCAAUGCUUUGAACACAUUAUAUUAUUACAUUGAGAAAAUCAUAGUAUUAAAGAACUGACACUGCGUUCUUGGUCAGACACUACGAUGAGGAAUGUUAUGUGACAUCUACUAAAAACUCAAGGAUAUCUCUGGAAAUUUCCUCUCUCGUAGUCUUAUAGUAAACGGAAAUGGGGGAAAUGAAUACUAACAAAUUAAGUUAGUGGAGAUAUCCGGUGUCCGAUGAGGAGUGGGAGCUGAC